AUGUCCUGGAAGUUAACCAAGAAGCUCAAGGAGACGCACCUGGCUCCUCUGGCCAACACCUUCAGCCGCUCGUCAUCCACCUCCACCAUUGUCGACAAGACUCCCACCGGCUCCGGCCCUGAUCCUAAGGACCCGAAUGGCAUUGCCGCAUCAGACGCGAGUGCCGCGCCGCCCCCUCCUCCGCUCAAGCCCGGUAUCCUUAUAGUCACGCUCCAUGAAGGCAAAGGUUUCUCACUGCCGCCAGGGGCGGAGCAGAACUUUGGACAGGGUGCCCAUCAUCAGGGAUCUCUGUCGCAAGGGGGUGGGUUUUCGGUCGCUGGCUCAAUGCGCCCCGGCUCAGGCAGCAUGGCGGGCUCGUAUGUGAAACAGGGCCGACCACACUCCACGACCGGCGCCAUCAACGCCGCUCCUACCGUUCACGGUCGCUACUCUGCCAAGUAUCUGCCUUACGCCCUGGUCGAUUUCGACAAGCAGCAAGUCUUCGUCAACGCCGUCUCCGGAAACCCCGAGAACCCCGUCUGGGCCGGCGAGAACACACAAUAUAAAUUCGAUGUUUCUCGUACCACCGACCUAUCCAUCUCUCUUUAUAUCAGAAACCCGAAUGCCUCACCGAGCGCGGGACGCAAUGAAGAUAUCUUCAUUGGCACCUGCAAGGUCAACCCCAGAUUCGAGGAGGGGCAACCGUACGUCGAGGACCCCAAGUUGAGCAAGAAAGACAAGGAAAAGGCGGCAGCUGCUUAUGCCGAGCAAGAGCGUACUUUGGGUCAAGUUGGAGCAGACUGGAUCGACGUUCAGUACGGCACGGGCAACCUCAAGGUCGGCGUCCGAUUCGUCGAGAACAGGCAGGAUCGCCUCAAGAUUGAAGACUUCGAGCUUCUCAAGGUCGUCGGUAAGGGCAGUUUUGGCAAGGUCAUGCAGGUCAUGAAGCACGACACCCAUCGGAUUUACGCCCUCAAGACGAUUCGCAAGGCUCACAUCAUCUCACGUUCCGAAGUCGCGCACACGCUGGCCGAGCGGUCCGUACUCGCUCAGAUCAACAAUCCAUUCAUUGUCCCUCUGAAGUUCUCCUUCCAGUCGCCUGAGAAACUUUACCUUGUCCUGGCUUUCGUCAACGGAGGUGAACUUUUCCACCAUCUUCAAAAGGAGCAGCGCUUCGAUAUCAACCGUGCGCGUUUCUACGCCGCCGAGCUGCUCUGCGCGCUUGAGUGUCUCCAUGGUUUCAACGUCAUUUACCGUGACUUGAAGCCGGAGAACAUCCUGCUUGACUACACUGGUCACAUUGCGCUCUGUGACUUCGGUCUCUGCAAGCUGGACAUGAAAGACGAAGACAGGACUAACACAUUCUGUGGAACGCCCGAAUACCUCGCCCCCGAGCUACUUACUGGUGGUGGUUACACCAAGACUGUCGAUUGGUGGACUCUUGGUGUUCUCCUCUAUGAGAUGUUGACAGGACUGCCGCCAUUCUACGACGAGAACACCAACGACAUGUACCGCAAGAUCCUUACCGAACCUCUCCACUUCCCGGGUCCGGAAAUCGUUCCGCCCGCCGCGCGGGAUCUUCUGACAAGGCUCCUGGACCGUAAUGCGGAGAAGCGUCUUGGCGCCAACGGUGCUGCGGAGAUCAAAGCCCACUACUUCUUCCACAGCAUCGACUGGAGGAAGCUUCUGGACCGCAAGUACGAGCCAAGCUUUAAGCCGAACGUGGUGGAUCAAAGGGACACUGCGAACUUUGACCGAGAAUUCACCUCUGAAGCGCCGACUGACUCUUACGUCGAAGGACCCAUGCUCUCGCAGACGAUGCAGCAGCAGUUUGCUGGCUGGUCGUACAACAGACCCGUCGCCGGUCUUGGAGAUGCGGGAGGCAGUGUUGUCGACAACGCUUUUGAGGAUGCGGCCAGAUAG